UCUAAAACGCGGAGACACCUCUCGCUCGCUCGCUCUCUCUCUCUCUCUCUGAUCGUGGAACGAGGACUGCCUUCCGGAAGAAGCCCCCCUCCUCUCUCUCUCUCUCUGUUCGUGUGUGAGCGCUCAAAAGCUUAGGCCUAGAAGAGCCUGGAAGAGAUCAAAAGCCCCAACAAUUUUCUAGGGUUUCUCGAGUUCCAGAGACCCUUCCUCUCGAAUUCGAGCUUUAGGACUGAAGAUUUCGCCUCAUUGGCUGUUUUCGGCGUUCGAUUUCGACCGGGGCGGUGGUAUUUGGGAGCAUAGUGGAGGUGCUCGAAGAAAGGCCGGGCCUAUGAUGACGAUCGCCCUGGGGUCGCUCCCCUUAGGGUUCCGGUUCCACCCGACCGACGAGGAGCUCGUCACCCACUACCUCAAGCGGAAGAUCAACGGCCGGAUCAAGACCGAGGUGGAAGUCAUCCCCGAGGUCGAUGUCUGCAAGUGCGAGCCAUGGGACCUCCCUGAUAAAUCUAUUAUCAGAUCGGACGAUCCGGAGUGGUUUUUCUUUGCGCCGAAGGAUCGGAAGUACGCGAAUGGGCAUAGGUCCAACCGCGCGACCGAGGCCGGGUACUGGAAGGCCACGGGGAAGGACCGGGUCAUCCGGUCUAAGGCUGCGUCGGCGCGGCACAGCGUCAUCGGCAUGAAGAAGACCCUCGUCUUCCACCGCGGAAGAGCGCCGAAGGGCAUCCGGACCCACUGGAUCAUGCACGAGUACCGCACCACCGAGCCGGAAUUCGAGUCCGGUGAUCAGGGUGGUUAUGUCCUUUAUCGCUUAUUUAAAAAGCCAGAAGAAAGGGGUUCAAAUACCAAAGCUGAUGAAAUGGAGAGAAGUGGCUUCUCUCCAACCCCAACCAAAUCCUCUCCAGAUGGUACGCUGCAUGAAGCAGAUGUUAUGGAGGAAAUCUCAACCCCAUUGAACCAAAAAUCUUCAGAAUCAGGUUUGCGAGAAGAACCUCAAUCCUUGCCUGAUUCGGUUGAACAGCAGCGAACAGGUAUUAAGAGAUGGCUUGCUGAUGAAGCUGAUUGUUCAGCAACUUACUCUGUAAAACUGGAUGAGAGCCCUUGCAAUGUUGCUUCAGAUAAUGAUGCCAAAACUGGAGUGCAUGAUGUCUCAACAGAGUACCAUGGUCCGCAUCAUCAGCAAAUAGAUUCUAAUGGCUUUCCGAACAUCAGUUCCCCAAUGCUGCCUUACACAGACUCUUUGGAUGUUGAUAAUGCCGAUCAGGACUCGUUUCAUAUGUUCUUGGAUGCAAUUCUAAGUAAUCCAGAUGAAUAUUCUACUGGGGCAUCUGAUGUUCAGAAAAAUUCAGUAGCUGAGACUGUGCCAAGACAUGGCAUCUGGGAUUCAGCAUCAUUCAGGGAUAGUGGGACCAGCAGCGAUAUCGAUACUGAAGCAGGACUACCUCAGGAACCUGUUGGUCUGGAAGCUUCUGAGUGCUUUGAAGAACCAUCUUUUCUGUUAAAUGAUCCAUCACAGAUGAAUUCUUCCUAUGGAUGUCCAGAAAUAAAACCCCAGCUGAGUGCACUUUAUGAAAAUGCAAGUUUACUUCCAUAUGAUAGCACUGGACCAGAUGUGUACUCAGUGGACUCUACCACAGAAUCCUUGCAAGAUUUGUUUAAUAGCAUGGAGGAAUCAAGUAACCAGAAGAAUAUUGCAGAUAAUGGAGAUGGUUGUGAGGUGACUGGAAUCAAGUUCAGGGUUCGUCACCUGCAGCAUCCAUCAGAUUCAAAGAACAUAUCUGAACAACAGGGGACCGCAACAAGGAGGAUCCGUUUACAGAAUUCAAUUCAAAAUGCAUCAUUUGCCUGUUCUCGUAGUGAAUCAAACAGCAGUGAAGAUGAUCAUGAAGACAAAGAGACAAUGAGAAAGGCCAUGCAAGAUUUGGUUGAUAGCACUGAGGAAUCAUGGACCCCGAAGGUUACACCAAGCAAUGAAGAUGGUUUUGAGGGAACUGGAAUCAAAAUCAAGACUCGGAAAGCACAAUAUCCUCCAAGUUUGAACAAAUUACCAUCAAAGCAGGGCAUAGUAGCUAGAAGGAUUCGUUUGCAAGCUUCAUUAUCCAGUAUUGCUGGUGAAUCAAGCAGCAGCAAAGAUGACCAGGUAGACACAGAAUCAACAACAGAGGCAGGAGAGCAUGUGGAUGACAAUAUUGCUGAAUUCAGGGAGAUUUCAAAGCCUGAUCUACCGGACAAGAUUGAACAGUUAUCUAUUCAUGAUGAUGCAACACACAGUUCAGAGUUCCAUCAGGAGUCUAAACCGAUGCUGAGGCUGAGAACAAAAGGCACUUAUGAUAAUGCAAAUGUCCCAAAGGAUCCUCCUUCGCACCCAAGAAUAUCAAGAACUGGUUCAGCUGUUGCUUUUGUUGUCUGGCUUGUUCUCUCAGUAAUCCUUCUUCUGAUGUGUUUGGGGAUAUGGAGGAGCAUAAACUCUCAAUAUGUGUAGAUAUAGCUAAAGGUUACUGUCUAAUUUUGCUUGCAUAAGGUUCAUCCCUUCUCAUGCUCUUGUAAAUAUGGUACCUUCAGACAUGUAGGGAACUUCAGAUGCUUAUAGUGGUUUGUAUAUACCCGUAAAAUUUCCUUCUUGUUUAUCAGUAAAUGUGAGCUUACCAGUUGUCAUGGUCUA